AUGUUGGGUCAAGGGAAGAGAUCCAAGCGUCUGCCGGCGACGACGUGUGCCUCGAAUCACGAAUUCACUAGCGAGGGUUUGGAUGGAUGUGAGUCAGAAUCCACGCUAGACUGCGUGGUUGGGGACUCAGAUUCAGAGUCUUUUGAUCGGAGAUCGUUUCUCAGAACUUUGCUAGGAUACCAAGAUACAGAUUCAAAGGGGGCACCGAACGGGUCACCCAAGGACCUCAACAAUGAAGAAAAUCAGACAGGUGUGAUUGCUAUGGCAAACAUAAUUACCCCAAAACCUGAUAUGUGGUAUCCAGGGGCAGUGGAUCAGAUAACUGCCCCUUUACCAAUGGAGGUGAAACAAAAUGAUGAGCCUGUCAAUGGUCGAGUUUGUGAACAGGGAGAUCAGAGACUGGUGGACUCGCGGGAUGUCAGACUCGUGCAGUUUAAUGCACUUCCUGAACUACUUCGUACGGAAAAGAAAUGCACAGAGACACCGAGUGAUCCGGAAUUCAUAAGUUCAGCGCUGUCCAGAUUGGUAGUUCAAGGUCAGUCAGUCCCACUGAAGAAGAAAUGCUCCCUCGAUUCCGCAUUGGCAGCCACCAGGAGGGAAGAGAACGUCAGUGGCCGCCUUGAGAAACCACAAACUCAAUUGUCUCCCAGUGCACACAGUUUUCAGUGGUCGUGUUCUGACGAGCGAAACCUACGAGAUCAAAAUCAGGUACACGUCACCCAGGAAGCCGCACCGAACAACGAUAUCUUGACCCCUCCAAGAAUUUCCUCAGGUAAAAAAAUCAGCAGCCUUGAUGAAGCGCAGAAAACAAGUCCUGCUUAUACACAAGAGGUGCGUCGGCAAAGAUACUUGAAGAAAGACUCUCAGGCGGCCAUGGAAAAUUCCGCCAUGACGGUACUCAACUACCAAGAACACACCAAGGAGAAAAAUAAAGAUUCCAAACCCCCCAUAUAUAGACCAUCUGCUCAAAACGAUCAUCAUUUUGAUGAGGUGUUUAAAAAUUUUGAACACGAGCAAUGGAAAUGCACCGAAAGCUGUGGCCGAUUCUUCAACUGGGAAAAAAUUAAAUUGCCACCUCCGUUUCCAACCGGUAAUAUAAAUUUGGCAGAGAGUCCCGUCCGUUCGGCGUCCUGGGUUGAGGUCUUCAGGUCAGUCUCGCGUCAAUCAGGUUAUUCUACACCCUCGGACGAAGCGGUUCCGGAAAAAGGCAGCCAGCAGUCGACAGAGGAGUCACACGACACAAGGAUUAUCCAUGCCGUCCAGGAAGACAACACGGCUUUAAACGUUGAGGGGGCCAAUGUCGUGAACUCGCCCGCAUAUAUGUCGGCCGACUUGGAGAACACCAACACAGAUAGCAGGACAGAGGAGAACCAUGCAAACAGAGACGAAUUGUUGGUUCACGCCACUAACAUGAUCCAAGUCGAGAUGGGUGACGAUCUCGUUGGCGAGUUGGAUCCAAAAGACAAUCAGAUGCUGGAGGUGUUCAUCGACGGCCAGAGAGCCGGGACGUCAAACCUACUACUGAUCAACCCAUCGUGUAUAUUCUACAAAACGCCUCAGUACAUCAACCCAACGGCAAAAUACAGAUGCCCCGACAGGCAGUUCUUGAAGAUGCUGAGAGGCACUGACCUCCUCCAAGCCGUAGGGCUGGACAAACAGCGUCUGCUGUCAUGUCUUCAAUCGGUGACCAGAUCACGCACCUACAUUCCAUCGUUCUACAUUCGCUCGCUGAAUCCAGUGGAGAUCACACCAGCGGUGGUGGAGCUCCACAAAUGUGCCGAUGUUGUCCCUUGUUUUGACAACUCUGUCAAUAUCCAGACGUUUCCCGUCUUCUACACACACAGUAGUGGGAGGCUGAUACAGAGGUAAUCACACUAUUGUUUCCAUUUAUUUGUACAUCUCCUCUCAUUCUCUCUCUAAAAUUUCGUAUACAUGUUUUUAUUCUUUACAUGGCAGUGGGAUGAUUGUACAGACGUAGUCUUUAUACUUACAUGUCCACCAACAUAGAAACGUAUUGUCUGUUUUGUUGUUGUUAGCAUAGUUCGUCGUGCAACUUUACUACUUGCAAAAUCGUUAUUAUUUGAAUCUAUUUGCGAUCAUCUUAGAGUGUCGAUAAAUGUUUAUGAUAAUGUGCUCAAAAUUUUUCCUGUGCACAUGUCAUUUUAAGACACCCCCCCCCCCAAAUAGGUUAAUCAUCCUAUUAUCCUUAAAUACCCCAGUAAGGGUAAAUAUAUAUAUAGAUAGCAUGAUAGAAAAUAUGAAUAAGAAUUGAAAUCCCAAUAAAAUCCCUUGUGUCUAUUUUCAGAGUUUUUACAGUGAACUAUAUUGCUCAAGGUCUAUAUUCCAUGGAAAACUCGGAACCAGAGAGUCCCAGAAGUAGGGAGAACAUGUCAGAUCCUUCUGAGAUCAUUAAGGCAGCCAAGCUUAUCCAGUACUUGCCUGGUGUAGCGAGUCUGGCAUUGGUCAGUAAAAACUUGUACUUGUUUGCGGAUCAAUACACCAGCUACGAUGAGGCGCUCCAGUUUCUAACUAAAAUACACGAUCUCGUCAUGGGUCAAACCAUUGCCAAGUACUUUGAGAUCAUGUGUGGCUGGGUUCCCGUGUGCUUCAGAGACAAGGCGACUACUCUGUGUAGCAAAUGCCAGUCUAUGGAAGACGUUCGAGAAAAAGCCACGGUCAGAUUUCAUAUAGACAAUCCCCCGCCGUCGAGCACGGGAGGGGACGGUUUGAAACAACCAGCAAUAUACUGCCACCAUUGUGGAGACUCCAUGAGGUUUGAAUACGAGGGUGAUCAUGAAAUGACCGUGCUAAUGAAAACAAGAUGGGACAUUAACUGCGACGGCCUGGCCAUCCCAGUGUGCACCAAGCCUAACAGUAAGAAAAAAGUGUCCAUGCUCCCAGGUAUUAGACAGCAUAAAGUCACGUGUGUACGCAGCCAGCACAGCGAUAGGGACUUGCAGCACCGAAGGUCUUUCAGCCUUCCGGCCAUCUCCAAGUGUAAGAUUCCUCCAAGCAAAGCCAAGGUGUCCAUGCCGGCCCCAUCUCACUCAUCACCAUCCAUGUACAACCAAGAUUGGUGGUGGAAGGAAGUAGAGUACCUGAGGCACAAGGAGAUGGAAGACUUUAAGAAGGAAUAUUUUCUACAGCAAGAACAAAUUCAACAGGAGGAGGAUGAGCGCCUGGAGCUACAAAGGUUACAGCAUCAACAGAGGUUGAGAGAAAUCAAACAGGAGCUACAGUUACAGCAGUCGGGUCUGGGCAGCCAAGGUGAGAAUGAGACCGCACACACCAAGCCAGGCAUGGCCACGCCCAACCACACGGUGCUGACUACGCCCAAUCUAUCGGACCCGUCCACACCGAGCCGGCAGGUUGGGAGCACACCGAGAGGAGGGAGGACGCCUUCCGUGACCAAACAGAAAUCAGACGAGAUCGAGUGCAUGCCGCCUUACGUCAUGCGAAUGGGGGCAAAAAGCACAAUGAACUGGGUGAAGAAAUACGUCGAAUCACCUGCGCAAAUCUCCAACGUUGGUGGUUACACCGAGAAGAAACUGACCGGUAGAUCAAUCAUCCCACCUCCCUUCUCUUUCAAAGAACAGAAACCGGUCCCCAUAAGACGGACCAAUCAAGUUCUGAAGAAGAAAAUCGAUCAGCUCUUGACCGGGACAACGAACAGUAAAAUCAGGCAACAGAUUGCCCCAUUGUCUGUGCCGAGGAUCGGAGCCAUUGCCAAAAAUAAGAGUGUCAAAAUGUGCAAGUCCAAGAGCAGCGUGUCCACUGACGCGACCAGCAGUGCCAGC